AUGUCGUAUUGCGAUGAAUGUCGAUUGGAGGUGACGCAUGACUCGCAGCAGGCCAUCGAUGCUCACGUCGUCUGCGGCAACGGCGGCGGCAACGGGAACAGUAGCAGUAGCACCGAGCAACCACCACCGAACAGCAAAGAGUUGCCACGUAUACCCGUCGCUAUGCGACACCCUUACAUGAUCGCAUCCGUUCGUCAAUACCGCUCAGACGCACAACAACUACAACUUCAACAGCAUAUUAUAUCAGAAUCAUUUGUCCCUGUAAUACCCUAUUCUGCGGACAGACCAGCGCGGAAGCGUCGGCGUCCUCCAUUUUCAUGUUCUUCCUUGAUUGUGCAAGCAAUAUCCACGUCGGAAUCCGGGCAAAUGACGCUUCAGGACAUUUACAGAUGGAUCAUUGAAAAAUAUCCGUCAUUAUAUAAUGCAGAAGAUACAGGAUGGCAGAAUACCAUACGGCAUAAUCUCUCGCUGAACAAAUGUUUUAAAAAGAUACCCAAAUUAGGCUCGACUCGUGGCAAGGGAGGAUUUUGGACACUAGAUUCAAAGUAUCUUGACGACAAAGGACAAGGCAGCAAGAAUCGACGGACGGACCCGAAGAACUCGAGCCAGAACAAUCUAGCAUCAUCAUUAUCAUCAUCAUCAUCACCACCAUCAUCGCCACUACCACGGCCACCAGCAACCUCUUGUCAUAAAAAGCCAUCACCACUCACACGGUUACAAUCAUUAUCACCAUCGUCUCCCUUCAACCCAUCAUACAAUAGAUUCCACUGUGCGCCAUCAUCAUUACUAUCAUCUUCGUCAUCAUCAACAGCAAUAUCUUCCGCUUCCGCUUCGACCACUGUACCCACGAAAUCCACCGAUUCUUCCACAACCGCAUCAUCACAUAUGAUGCAUAUUCAGAGUAUCCUAAACUGA